AACCUUUUUAACUUCCGGGUUAUGUCAGUUGAAGCAAUGACAUUGUACCAAACAUUACACAUGUCAGUCUGCCGAGUGGCUUAUACUUUGUUAAUUUACAUGCUCUGAAGGCUCAGAUAACUUUGAGAUUGUCGUCAACAUGUCAUCCCCCACGACAAGUCUUACAGAGGAGCAGCAGCGCAGAGCAGCACAGCCGCAGCUGGGCAUAGACUAUGCCCCCACAGAAGAAGAGAGGAGGGUGCUGAGAGAGUGCAACAGCGAAAGCUUGUGGUAUAGGUCAUUGCCAUUUUCUGUGCUUAGCAUGGCUGUCACUCAAGCCUUGGUUGCCAGAGGUACCCUGUCUGUUUCUCCGAAGUUUGGAUCGCUUCCCAAAGUGGCUUUUGCUGGCUUCUUUGGCUACCUGGUUGGAAAAGUGUCAUACAUGAAGACAUGCCAGGAGAAGUUCAAGGCAAUGGAGAACUCCCCCGUGGGGGAGAUCCUCAGACAGAAAGCAAGAAUGCCUCCACAGUAUUCCAGUGGUCCUCAGUCAGAGCUGAGUGAUUCAGAUUCCCAGACAUUUGACACCAUGUUCCAGGCAGCAGAACCUCUGAGCCCCAUGUCCUCCCAGACCAGAGAUUAUGGAUUUGGCUACAAUCCAGAGCCACAUGUGCAAAUGGGCAGAGCAGAUGACUUCAGCUCUCCAAUCCAGUCUUAUGUGGAUGAGGAUGAGUCCAGGAGGAAGCCCAUCCUCUACGAAGACCUGAGGCUGAAAAACAGAGAAAACUACGAGGUCACACUCACUCAGAAGACUGAGACAUUGCUCAAACCAUCACCACCACCACAGAAGGAGCCAGAUAGACCUAAGAAUGAGGUGAAAAAGAACAUCUAUGGAGACACUUGGGAAGAAUGAGCCCUAAUUUAAAAUUCACACAUAUACAGACAUCUCAUGAUCUACUUUUCAUAAAGUUGUAUGACUUUCUGUCUUUGUCAAUAAAACCAAAAUGUACUUAAA